AUGACAAUUGAGAAACAUGGUCCGGAAAAUCGCAAAAUGGUCGAGGAAGCUUUAGUUAAAUUCAAUAACGACAUCGAAGUGCUAGGGUCGACUCCGUAUGUGGAGGCGAAUGAUCAGAAGCAGGAACAGAAUAUCGAUUGGGCCAUUCAAUUGGCGAUGAAGUAUAACUUGCAUCUCGAUUUCCAUCUGGACUACAAUCUGAAUGAGGAUGACCGACCUAAAAUAUGGCAUGUUGUCAAGAGCUUGGACCAGGCACACUGGACUGACAAGAUGAAGGGCAAAACUGGAUGUAUUGGCAUCAAUAAUGUCGGAAAUGCCUUCACGCCUUGGGGCAGCUGCGACCCACUAAGACUUGCGAGCUUGUGUGUUGGUGUCUACCAAGCUGGCACACCUAAAGACGCGGAGCUAUUGUUUGAAUGCAUCGCUGCUUUAGCCCAAGAAGCAAUUGGUCUGAAGGACGUGGUUGUAAGAUCUUUGGAGGAGGGCCAAAAAGCUCUUUCCAUGGUGGUUGAGAAUGAUGCUAAGAUUCAGCUUGACCAUAUCAGCGUACCAGCAAGGAGGAGGCUUGGAGUCGCUGACAUGGUCUGGGAUCCACCUGAGCUGCAUAAGCGACGAGUCGUUGGUCAGGUGUAG